GGUGGGUUGGGCAAUUGGAAGAGGAACCCCAUGACGGAAGCGGGCAUAUUCGCGUUGAUAUUGCAAGGGUAAGAUCAGAUUAUUCGGAGCAUAUCCCUUCCGACUCGCUCCAGACCUGCGAGAUCGGAAUCUUGGUAGUGUUUCCAUCGAAUAACCAAACAAAGAGAUCAAGCUGGCUUUUAAGACAGACAUAAUCCAUAGCUCAAUUCCUACGACGACAUCGGACGCGCUAUUUUUGACGUGAAUCACUAAGCCCGCAUUGCAUUAAUCACGCAUGCACGAUGGCGGAAGAGGAGGACGACUACAUGACCAUGUUGGUUGAAGAUCCGACGGUCAAGCCCAAGGAGACCUCGAUCCAGCGACGCGCCAGGAAGCAAAAAGAGUCCGAGCAAAAAGGCCGCACGAAAUCCAAGAAAGAACUCGAGGCUGAAGCCGAAGCCGCCCGCGAUGCAGCGCUCAACACCGCCCUCGACCCCUCCAACAAAGGCUUCCAGAUGAUGGCGAAGCUCGGCUUCAAGCCCGGGACAGCGUUGGGGAAGGCCAGCGAUGCGAGGACAGAGCCGAUUCAAGUGGCGUUAAAGGAGGACCGAGGCGGGAUCGGGCAUCUGAAUGCGAGGAAGCGAAAGUUUCGUACGGAGGCGGGAGAGGAGAAUCUGGCGAAGCUGGCGAAGAUGGAUCCGGAGGCGUAUCGGGAGCGGAUCAGACUGGAGCGGGAGCAGAAGCGGUUCGAGGGCCAGCUGCAUGCGGCGCAAAAGGUCGCGGAGCAGUUUGCGGAGUCGGAAGAGGAAGCAGAGAGAGCAACGGGGGCUACGAACGCUGAGUCAAAGCCUUUAACGUCGAUCAACGUUCUUUGGCGCGGGCUCGUCCGCGACAGGUUAGAGAAGGAGCGCGAAAAGCAGUUGAGGUUGGAGAUGCAGGCGAGAACGCUUGACGAUCCGGAACACGACUCGGAUGAGGAGGAUUUGGGUCCUGGCAAGGGUCCCUCGGAGGAGGCUAUAACAUUCCAGGAGCUAGAUGAGGAGGACCCAGAAUUGAAUGAUUUCGAAGCCAUGACGGUGGAUGAGCAGUUGGAGAAGGUGGUGGAGCAUUUGAGAAAAGAGAGGCAGUAUUGCUUCUACUGUAAAUAUCAAUAUCCGGACCCCGAGAUGGAUGGGUGUCCAGGACUGACUGAGGAGGACCACGACUGA